AUGGAACAAAGUGAAUUAUCAGAAACUGAGCGUUUUUAUAUGGAUAAAGCAUUUUUUUACGCUAGAGAAGCUCUAUCUGUUCAAGAGGUACCAGUUGGCUGCGUUUUUGUUUAUAACGAUGAAAUAGUAGCAUUGGGACGUAACACGGUGAAUGAAACUGGAAACGCUACAAGACAUGCAGAAAUCAACUGUAUAGAUACUGUAAUACAUUAUUCCAAAAUUAAUAACCUAAAUUAUCAUAAUGUUUUCGAAAAGACAUGUGUUUAUGUUACGGUAGAACCUUGCAUCAUGUGUGCAGCUGCUUUAUAUGAUUUGAAAAUCAACACAAUCGUGUAUGGUUGUAAAAAUGACAGGUUCGGUGGACAAACCGUAUUUAAUGUUUCAACUGUGUUGAAAACUGUUACUAAAGUCAAAGGAGGUUAUAGAGCAGAAGAAGCCAUGGAUUUGUUGAAAGAAUUUUAUAAAGGGGUUAAUCCUAGUGCACCACCUAAUAAAGUUAAAAAGAAAAAGAAUUCGCUUUCUGUUAAGUAAGAAUGUACUUUCAAACAGAUAUAUUUGAAAAUUAUAUUCUUCACAA